AAUGGCGUCAAAACGCAAAGUGGAGUUUGCAGAAGAAGCUGCCGAAGGCGGCGACGAAUCGCGGAGAUUUAAAGGAAAGCACUCACUUGACAGCGAUGAGGAAGAUGACGAUGCCACAAAAUAUGAUGUCAUGCCAGAAGAUGAAAUAGAAGGACAGGAAGAUUCAACAAUUGAACGUGAUGGUGAGAUACAAAUAACACCGUUUAACAUGAAGGAUGAGUUGGAGGAAGGACAUUUUGAUAAAGAAGGGACAUACAUCUACGACAAGAAAAAGGAAAUCAGAGACACGUGGAUGGAUAAUAUUGACUGGGUAAAAGUGAAAGAAAGGCCAUUGUCCAGUAAAUAUGACGAUGAAGAUGAUGAUUCAGAAGAAGAAGUUGUUGACAAAGAAUCAAUUCUGAAAGAAAUGUUGGAGUUUGUGAAACCAGGGGAGACGAUCAUGAAAGCCUUGCGAAGACUAGGUGGCAAAUUCCAAACAGCAAGUCAGCGCUGGAAAGCAAAGAAGAAGAAACUGACUGUCAGUGAUGAACAGAGUGAACAAAAUGCCAAGGACAAAGAAAAUAUGUUAAAAUUAACAGGACUGGCAGAUCAACUCAUACAGACUGGUAACAUGGAAGUGUAUGAAAUGACAUAUGAGAAAAUAAAUUAUGAGUUAAAGAAAUUUGAAGACUCUAAACCAAAGCCUGUUAGUAUUCCUGAUGGUAUGGACGAUGAUGAUGCACUUGAUAUGUUUGCUGAAAGUUUGGACAAAGAGGAAGAGGAAAAGAAUUCUGGAAAAAAUCAAUUAAAAUCAGAGGAAAAUGCUGCCCAAAAGGACACGGCCAAUAACUCUGAGGCUAAAACUGCUGACAGUGCAGAGACUGUUCUGCCUGACCCUUUAGAGAAACCUCCAGCACCAGACCCGGCAGAGGUCAUGUGGGAGUAUAAGUGGGAAGAACAAAGCGAUGCAGAGUUGCACGGACCCUUUACUUCCUCCCAGAUGUUACAGUGGACGGAGGAGGACUACUUCCCAGAUGGUGUGUUUGUCCGUAAAGUCAACACUGAUAAAUUCUACAACUCUCGGCGGAUAGACUUUGAACUCUACACAUGAUGGGUUUCUAGUGUUGGGAUGUUUUAGGUUAAAACCCUUAACCAGAUUCUCCAUUGAUUAUGACCUCUGAUGCCAUUUGACGCAGUUUUGACCACCUCAGAUCCAUUUGACCUAAUUUUGAUCCAGUAGUGGCUUUGAAUCCAACAGGUGAUCUUAACCAAUACCAAAUGGUCCAUUUAUUUAAUCUUUUGACUCUUAUACCCUAAUAGUGGAUCAAAAUAUCCAUAUCAUUUGUUAACAUGAUUUAAAAAUUGGAUAAACUUGAAAGCCCAUCCAGAUUAUUUCCUAUCAUCUCACCAGAAUUUACAGUGCAUGCAGGAAAAGAGAUGAAAAUCUGACAAUUUCUAAAAAUGAUUCAUUGCUGAUCAACUUGAUUUGUAGAUUUGUAUGAAACCUCUUCAUAAAAGUUUAAGACCUGAGGAAUGCUGGAAAAAAGAACAAGAUGAUACACCAGAUUGUUUUUCACUUUUUAUUGGGAUUGGGUUUUUUUUACCUAAUUUUAGGAUGAAAAUUGUGAAAGAAAUAUUUCAAGAGUAAAUUGUACAUUUAGGAAAAUGAACUUUUUCAAUUUUUUUUUUAAUUAACACUUAUGAUAUCUUAAUUGAUAAACAACUUCAGUCCUACUGGUGGUAUGAUUUGGACCUCUCUGAAGAGUUUUACAAUUAUACAAUGUAUAGUAAAGGAUAUCUGGGACAAUCUAGGAAUAUGUCGCUGAUUAGUGAUAAAAACAGACCAAUCUUAUUUUUCGGCAAAGACUUUUCCCAUACAGUUGAAAAUAUAUUCUAAUACUUUCAAAACUAACAAAUAAGAAAAAUUAAUUUAAAAAACAAAUUAAAUUUUCAUUCUCUGUCACCUUUGAUAUUAGAACUACAAAUUCUGGAUGUAUUUAUGUAAUUACCCCUUAGAGUAUUUGUUUUCAAAAUAUACAAGAUUUUAUCUUUUAGAAAGAGUGAAGUAUAAUUAUAUUGUUAUAUUGAUGGCAGCAAUAAAUACCAUGUGUAUAGAUGUGGUAUGAUGGUGUUUAGUACACAAUAUUUUUGUGAUUAUUUCAUUAAAUGAGAAUUCAUAAACAA